CUCGACAGUCAAAUCCAUGUGGAUCGCAUUUCGUUAUUAUCCUAUCAAAAAUAAGCAAAUUAAACGGGAAAAAAAGGUUUUCACCACCUCGCACUGUAAUUAGCGUUUCAGUCCCGUGUUAUUUGUAGCAGUUUCAACGUUGUUUGGUCAUUUCAUAUUCCCUGGGUUAUUUUACCUAUCAGCGGUGUUCUGGGAGACAUUUACCAAACAGCGCCAGUUUUCUCCUUCAAGACGCGUAUGAUCUUUGAGAUACCAGGCGCUACAAGACCGUGCCCUUCGUCUUGCCUUUCGCCGUCUCUUUGGCGUCACUAACAGAGUACUGUGUCUUCAGCUGAAGUGUUUUAUCAAGAGAUCAUAACAUGAGCGCUACGCAAAAAAGCGCCAAGGUGAAAAAGCCUUUAGGAGACGCCUCCGGUGGCAACAUGGCCUCGGUAACCAAGACAUUGGUUCAGCUGAUGUUGGAAUCCCCUGGGAAAACCAUACGGUUAAAUCAAGCGUUUGCACAUAUCUCUGCUCCUAAGCGACGGGUCUGUGACGCGAUCGAAAUCCUGGCAGGAAUCGGACUGGUUGAAACGGAAGGAGACGAAAUAUACUGGCUCGAAAUGGAUGACCCGCCCCCUGGCUUAAGAAGUACAAGUCACUCGACAGAAGAAUUGAGAAUGGAGCUGAAACUCCUUGACUCAGAGGAGAAACACUUGGACGAAUUGAUCGAGCACGCCCGAGAAGAACUAACAAGCGUAAAGACAGACCCAGAAAACAGAAAAUAUCUUUUCAUCACUAAGACAGACAUGCAGGGAAUGAAAGCUUGUGCGUCAUCAGACGGGGCCGAUGAAGAUGGACAAGACGUGGACCAAACGGAGGAGGAAAAUGAAUCAGUCAACAUUUUACCGAACAAUCUUUACCACGGUGUAGAAAACUGAAGUAGCACCAGAAGAUCACCGCACAAAUUGAGUGUGGCUCAGACAUUUCAGGGUUUGUCAUCCUGGGAGAACAUAUAUAUUCUUACUGCGGUUUUGAGUAUGCUGCGAGACCUCGUAGACGAUCUCUAACACCUUUUAAAAUCGUCUUCAGGCUUCCGUCAUUGAAAAUAUUAAAGCGUUUUUAUUGGCAAGCACUGAGAUGGCUUCCGAUAACACGACCUCAAGGCGCUGACCAAUCAAAAAGAACCAAAUGAACCGUUUGUUUGAAUGACGGUAGCCAGAAAGCGGAGCAGAUAAACAUCAUUAACGAGAGCUCCGGGAUAUUGAGAAUCGCUGUCACAAAAUGUUUAUUCUGGUUCUACCUUAAUAAGUGCAAAAAGGUAUUGUAGGGAUAGAAAAUACUACUAGCACUAAAGGGUAUUAAGGAGAUCAAGUUCUUACAUGACUUGAAGGUAGAAAAAUAUGAUUGUGAAUAUAACGAGCGAGUGAUUACAAAUGCGGCGAUUUCUGAAAUUUGGUAAAACGUUUUUAUCAUAACCUUCGCGCGGUCUAACCACAUUAAUUAUUACUUAUAUAUAUAAAACAAUUUCUUCAAUAACUGGGUUGUAUUUUCUCGACAUUCCGGUAAUCAGGAUUUAUGAAGGCAGCAUUGCCGAAAUGUCGAAAAAAAAAAUCAGUGAUUCAGUCCACCAAAAACUUCAGGACGACUCUACCAAACUUGUUUUUACUAAGACUUUUUCAUGGCAGAAAGGGUAGACCAACCACACUUUUAUAAAGUGUGCGAAUAAAAUGUUAUAACCAAUAAAUUUAACAACAUUUUUUAAAAAUAUUUGUGAAUUUAACUAACAAGAGGUUGUAGUAAUAUUACACACCAUAGCCCCAAUAAAAGUGCUGAGAAAAAUAAAACUAACGCUAAGAAAGUCCCGCAAGCCAUCUUUAUAUAUGACGGUACAUUAUUUUACCCACAGGAACACAGUUCAUGCUUAAAGUAGUCAUUAUGGAUGCACCACAAACGUUUUCCUCGGGGAAGUUAUACAUUUUAAUUUUUUUUCUGUAUUUUUUACUCCAUGCAUGGUGUGUGCAAUAAACCGAAUGAUAACUGACGGUUAUUGAUAUCCAUCUAUCUUACGAGAUUGUUGUAAGGUAAACUUCCAUUGCAUUAAACACUAAGUCAUUAUC